AAAGGAUAACCAACGCUACUACCAUGACAAAAGAAACAAUAAAAACACCGUAUAAAUCUCCGUAGCAACAAUAACAACAACAACUACAGGGGGAGGGGGGAAAAAAAUACCACUCCACUCUUGUGCGAGACUCGAAUUUCACCCGCAUUUACAUAUACAUCCCACCUAUUUAAUGCUAAGUAUGCGUAGGAAUCAGGCUCCAGUGGAGUGGGAUUAUGGUGGGAGAGCUGCUGCUUCUUCAGAGCUGCUGGCGGUCACUGGGUUUCGCGGUGCGCAUGGUUCUCUGAGGGAGGAAGAAACACUGCCAGCGACAGCUCCGUCCUCUGCCUCUUCAGUCACCACUUUUCUCGCGUCCUCCUCCUCCUCCUCCUCCUCUUAGCCCCCCUCUUUGCACUUGCUGGUCAUGGAGGUAGUGGGGGAUUUCGAGUACAACAGGAAAGACCUCAUAGGACACGGAGCCUUUGCUGUGGUCUUUAAAGGCCGCCACAGGAAGAAACCAGAUUGGGAAGUAGCUGUGAAAUGCAUAAACAAGAAAAAUCUGUCAAAAUCGCAAAUCCUGCUUGGGAAAGAAAUCAAGAUAUUAAAGGAGCUUCAACAUGAGAACAUUGUAGCACUUUAUGAUGUUCAGGAGACUCCAAAUUCUGUCCACUUAGUGAUGGAGUACUGCAAUGGAGGUGACCUAGCAGAUUAUCUGCAAGCCAAAGGGACCCUUAGUGAAGACACCAUUAGAGUCUUUCUCCAGCAGAUCGCAGCUGCCAUGCGAAUCCUUCACAACAAAGGAAUAAUUCAUCGGGAUUUGAAACCACAGAAUAUUCUACUGUCUUAUGUCAGCCGUAAAAAAUCUAAUAUGAAUGGCAUACGUGUCAAAAUAGCUGACUUUGGAUUUGCCCGGUAUUUACAGAGUAAUAUGAUGGCUGCCACUCUUUGUGGGUCCCCCAUGUACAUGGCACCUGAGGUCAUCAUGUCGCAACAUUAUGAUGCCAAGGCAGACCUCUGGAGUAUAGGCACUGUAAUAUUUCAGUGUCUUGUUGGCAAGCCUCCUUUCCAGGCUAACAGUCCACAAGAUUUAAGGCUCUUCUAUGAGAAAAACAAGACUUUAGUGCCUAACAUCCCAAGUGAAACUUCUAGUCACCUGGGUGGCCUAUUGCUUGGUUUGCUUCAGAGAAACCAGAAGGACAGAAUGGAUUUUGAAACAUUCUUUAACCAUCCUUUCAUGGAUCAAACAUUGUCAGUCAAAAAAUCAUGCCCUGUGCCUGUACCCACGUGCCCUGGUUCCGUUUCUGGUAGCUCUUGUGGCAGCUCUCCAUCUUGUCAUUUUGCCUCUCCUCCUUCAUUACCAGAUAUGCAACGCAUACAGGAGGACACUCUGUCUUCCCCGCCUUUGGGUCCACCUAACUAUCUGCAGGUUUCCAAAGACUCUGCCAGCAGUGGCAGUAAGAACUCUUCAUGUGACACAGAUGACUUUGUUCUAGUUCCACAUAGCAUCUCUUCAGAUCAGUCAUAUGACAUGCCAUUGGGGACGGUUGGCAGACGAGCUUCCAAUGAAUUUUUGAUGUGUGGAGGGCAGUGUCCACCUCCAGUGUCCCCUCGUACUGAGUCGGCUCCGAUUCCCGUCCCUACGCAGAUUCGAAACUACCAGCGGAUUGAGCAGAACCUACACGUCACGUCCAGCCAUAACACAAAUCCCUAUGGGUCACCCAGAUCUGGAAUGGUGAAGAGGUCGAACACAAGCCCAGUAGGUUUUAUGAAGCCAACAUCUGGGUCACCAGUUGCAGCAGAUGCACCACAAAAUCCAGGCCGCAGACUCUCCACUGGAUCCUCCCGGCCUUAUUCUCCUUCACCUCUGGUUGGGACUAUCCCUGAACAACUUAGUCAUUGCUGUUGUGGUUUACCUCAGGGACACGAAUCAAGGUCCAGGACCCCAUCCGGUUCACCUUCUCCUCAGUCUCACUUAUUGGGUGCGAGACUCCAGAGUGCCCCAACCCUUACUGACAUCUACCAGGGCAAACAGAAACUACGUAAGCAGCAUUCGGACCCCGUCUGUCCUCCAUCAGCAGGGUACGGAUGUAGCCAUUCUCCACAGCCUAGCAGACCAGUCAGCCUUGGUACUUCCCCGACAAAGCACAUGGGAACAUCUCCACGGAGUUCAGAUUGGCUGCAUAAAACUCCAUUGCCCACCAUCAUUGGAUCGCCAACAAAGACCGCUGCUCCUCUCAAGCUGCCUAAAACUCAAGCAUCUUCUAAUCUGCUUGCCUUGGCUGCGCAGCAAGGAUUAACUGAGAGUCCACCAAUGCAGUCCAAAGCCAUGCUGGAAGCUAGGGAAUUCUGCACCUAUCAUUAUCCACACGCAAGUGCUAAGUGUACAACUUCUGAGGAGAAUAAAACGACUUUUGGCAGAUCUGUAAGUACAGGAAAGCUAUCAGAUCAGGUGAUAAAGACCACAUUUGGAGGGCAGACCUAUCAAGGCAGCACAGAUAGUCUCAAUACUGAACGUCCGAUGGACACAGCUCCAGCAGGUGCUUCUGGUUUGACAAUGGGUUCCCCUGCCAUGGUGAUAGGAGUGAGCCCAAGGACUGUGGUGUUCACUGUAGGUUCACCACCAAGUAGUGUCACCCCUCCCCAUAGCAGUCACAUGGUCACCAGAACAAGGACAAUGUCAGUUGGCUCAAACAGUCCGCUUGGAUCUCUCUGUUCUAAUAGUGGACGGAUUUGCAUGGGCUCUCCGCCAGGUGCUUACAUGGGCACUUCACCUCCUGGUGCAGAAGGUCCUUCAAGUUUGAAGUACAUGACGUUUGGUACCUCGCCUCCCAGUUUAGAAGGAUUUAUCACAUUUGAAGCUCCUGAACUGCCGGAAGAGACUUUAAUGGAGAGAGAGCAUACGGAUACCUUGCGUCACCUGAAUACAAUGCUGACAUUCGCAGAAUGCAUUAUGGACAUUGCAGUGAUGAAAGGAGGUAGUUUGGACCUGGGGACCUCUGCUGCCUCUCUUUAUCAAAUCCAGGAGAGUGUAGUGGUUGACCAGAUCAGUCGUCUCAGCAAGGAGUGGGGACAAGUGGAACAGCUUGUGCUAUACAUGAAAGGAGCACAGCUCUUAGCAUCUUCUUUGCACCUUGCAAAAGACCAGGUUAAGUCAGGCAAGCUGAACCCAUCCACAGCAGUUAAGCAAGUCGUUAAAAAUUUGAAUGAUCGCUACAAGUGUUGCAUCUCGUUUUGCAAGAAACUAACUGACAAACUGAAUCGUUUCUUCUCCGAUAAGCAGAGAUUUGUGGAUGAAAUCAACAGUGUUACUGCAGAGAAACUGAUCUACAGCUAUGCCGUGGAAAUGGUGCAGUCAGCUGCACUCGAUGAAAUGUUCCAGCAAACAGAGGAUAUCACAUACCGGUACCACAAAGCAGCAUUAUUGCUGGAAGGCUUGACGAAGACUCUGCAAGAUCCUGCUGAUAUUGACAAUAUCCACAAAUACAAGACCAGCAUUGAACGCAGACUCUCUGCACUGUGUCAUGGUACGGUGGCUCUGUACGAAAACUAGCCUUCUGAAAUGGACCACUUGCAGCAGAGCAGGGACCACCACCUUUCCUGGAUCAAGUCCUUGAGUCUUGGAGUUGCCUUUUUCCUUCUUUUUGUUUUUAUUUGUUUUCUCUCCUUAUUUUGGGAAAACUGUUCACACUGGGGUUAUUUUUUUUUCACCACCUACGUCAACCCACAAAGUGAGGAACGUUUGAUAUUUUUUUGAAGAGUUACCAAAGAGGAGGUUCUUGUUUCAAAAGAAAGGACAUUUAUGUAUAAAUAUAGAUUAAUACUCCUGGAAAAUCCUCUCAACGAUGUAGCAUUUUCUUUCAUUUCAAUUUACCUCAAAGAGGUAAAGUGUGGGGCAGAGUCACUACUUUUGGCUUCCAAAGCCGCUUAUCACUGGAGUGUGUUAACACAAGCAUGAGAGCAAGACUGAAGUCUAUCUUCUAUUUUUGUCACACAACUCAUUGGAUGCUUAGAAACCUACAUUCAGAAAAAAAUGGGUUGCAAGGAACUUUGUGCUCCAUCCGAUUGAUUUGUUGUGUAUAUACAGUACCGCACAGUGGUGACAAAUUGACAAGUUGUCUUUCUCCAAGUAAAACGUUUAAGUUUUUUUCAGGACACUAACGGUGUGAUAAAUGAGCCACAGUUGUUCAUGGCGGUUUUAAGUUUUACCAGGAUCCUUGUACACCCAGUCAAAGGCCUACAUUGCCUUAUAUCUUCUGCUACAUCACAUACAUAUCAACCCACAGAAACUGAUCAUCAAGGAGGAGUUAAGCACUUUAUGUGGAUAGGAAGUUGACAACAAGGCAAGAGGGGAUGUCGACAGCUCACCUCAAUGAUCUUGUAAACCAGAAGGGAAACAGGGCAUCACUUUGGAUGGACAGAGAGAGGGGAUUGUCUCUUUUUUUUAAGCUCCUGAUACAGGAGCUGUUGAAACCACAAAGACUUUUCUCCAACAGACAACCACUUCUGAUUGCACUAUUACAAUUCUUUGAACAUCUUUGAUAACAGUAAUGUUAUGCAGAACUCCUUGUAAAACGGCACAGCCUGAAAGCUGCAUUGAAGAAAUAGGAAAAAGAAAACUGUCCGAGUCGGUUAAGCUCCAAUGCAUUCAGCAAAAGACAUUUUAAAGUGUGUUUUGGAGCAAGAAGCACAGAGUGCUUGACACUUUAACUAAAAAGACUGCAAAAAAAGCCUGUAUUAAUUACAAGCCUUUCCAUUUUUUUACUUAUUAAAUACUUGAGUAGUUCAUAUAGAGCAACUGUCUGUAUAUAAUGAAACUAGUAUUUUUUUUCUCUUUUUGCCAGUGAUUGCUGACUUUUAAACAAUAUUUUUGGGCUGGCUUUAUGUUGUGCAUGUGAUAAGUGUGACUGUGCCACUGGCCUGAUAAUAUUGCUAACGAUGCUGUUUGUUCAGACAGUAUUAUGGAAAUAAAGCAUCUUUCCUGUAGAUUGAGAACCUGUUGUGCAGACUAAUGUAACAUUUAUUAUUUUCAGGGGUGGAAAAAACAAACUAUCAGGGCUCUGGGAACCAGAUUACAAAAAUGUUUGGACUGUUUUGAAGCCCAAGUUUUGCUUCUGGAGGGCAAUUUUGUCACUGGCGUAUAAACUAAAGAAUCUAAGGUUCAUUUCCAAUCCUGUCUGUGUAUUAUAUAUAAAUAUUACACACUUAUGUAUAUCUAGGUGAACCUAGUAAAGAAGCACAAUUGUCCAUUUUUAUACUGUGUGAGAUCAGAUUGAACGGUUCAGAUUCAGCGAUGGGCAUCCUGUCUGUUGGAGGAUUGCAACUAAGCUGACACUAACUUAAGUUUGAAAAAGUAUUUGAUUUGAAAUCUUAUUUUUGUAAUUUUAAAAUUAAAUAUAAAUUGCAGGUGGUAACUUGGAGAGAAAUAAACAUUUAAAGAAAGCUGUGUUGCUGCACUUGUGUUAAGAAUCAGCAGUUACGUUCUUUUCUACUUCUUCAUCCCACCCUGUCAGUUUUUGUCCUUUAUUUUUAAAAAAAACUAAAUUCAACGCCUAGUCAGUUUGUACAAUGAAGUUUGAGGUCCAGCAGAGCAGAUCACAAAUGGCAUUUAUGACCAUGCUUGUCCCCAUCCCUGGAUUCUCUGGGCAAUCUUCCAGAGUUGGUAAAUCACUUUUUCCACCCUUGAGCAUUUUUGUUUUAUCAUUUUAUUUUUGUUUUGUUACUCAGCUGCUUGAAUACUUGAAUAUUGAACUAAACCCUUCAUAACAAUCAUGUUUAAUGUCCCAGAGGCAGUGUAUUGGAAAUAUUUCCCAUGUAGCAAUGAAUUUGGCUUGUUCAUGAGGCUCAUCAAAACUGUUUUAUUUUCUCCCUCGCUUUAUUUUAUGGAAAGAUCUAAUGUGUACUUUUAUUUAUCUGUAAGCAAUUCCAUUAAUUCCGAAGACUGUUUUUAUUUAUAAAAUAUUUGUACUAUUAGGUCUUUAAUACAGUGUUUCUACCUCUCAUUUGUGUAUAACGGCAUGCAUACUCUAUGAAAUCAGGUUGCAGACGCAUUCACAUGUUAUGUAGCAGCCUUUUUAAUAUGGCCUAUAAAAAUGUACAUUAAGAAGUCAGAAAUAAAAUUGUCCUGGAAUAUUAA